CACUCACUCCUCACUCAUCACAAAACAAACAUAACAUAUACACACAAAUCACCUGCUUCUAUAAUCUCUAAUUCUCAUUUCUCAAUGGCACGUACCAAGCAAACAGCUCGCAAAUCCACCGGCGGCAAGGCUCCGCGUAAGCAGCUCGCCACCAAAGCCGCCCGCAAGUCCGCCCCGGCCACUGGCGGCGUGAAGAAGCCCCACCGUUUCCGCCCUGGAACCGUCGCCCUCCGAGAAAUUCGCAAAUACCAGAAAUCAACCGAGCUUCUGAUCCGCAAGCUCCCGUUCCAGCGUUUGGUCCGUGAGAUCGCUCAGGAUUUCAAAACCGAUCUUCGUUUCCAGAGCUCUGCUGUAGCGGCGCUCCAGGAGGCUGCUGAGGCGUAUCUCGUUGGACUGUUCGAGGAUACAAACCUGUGCGCUAUUCACGCCAAGCGUGUGACGAUUAUGCCCAAGGAUAUCCAGUUGGCUCGCCGUAUCAGAGGAGAGCGUGCUUGAGUGAAAUUGAAUUGUUAGGGCUUGGGAUGUAAAGAAAUGUUCGGUUGUUAGGGUUUAUUGUAAUGUCUAUGUCAAUCUGUAGCUUUUGAUGUUUAAGAUGAAAUUCUGAAUGUUCUUAAUGAAAUCAUCGAGUUAUUUA